AUGCCUCAAGUUCAACAAACAGCUCCAACGUCAACCAGUGGCUCAAGAACCGAGUCACUAGCGGAGUCCAAUGAGGGCCCUUCAACAACCCGUAUAUCAGCAACUCUGAGACUACGUGCAGAAAGUGCAGAAGACCGUUCCAUAUCCAAUGAGCACGUUGAAAUUCGGAAUCCAGCUCGGCAUAUACAGUGGAGAGAUGACGUUAUCGACAACGAAGGAAUGGGAAAGAAAAGCUCCAAAGUCUGCUGCAUAUACCAUAAAGCUCGACCUGUCGGUGAAAGUAGCUCAGAAUCAGAAUCGUCUGAUUCCAGUGAGUCCGAUUCCGAUUCCGAUUACGGCGCUGAUGAUCAGACUCACCGUAACGGCGGGCGGCGGUCUCGUCACCACAUGAGCUGUGACCACAACAGCCCUGGACAUACAUCAUCAGAACGGACUUCCGAUACCGAAAAGAUAAGACGAAGAAAAUUUAGCCCCAAUGCCUACGAGAAGAUGCCUAAGACAACAAGGGGUCGCUGA